AUGUCCUCCAAAACUCCCAACCCAAUGAGGGUCCUCAUAACCGGGGCCGGCGGCCUGGUCGGUUCGAUGCUGGCCUCCCGCCCGCUCAACGAGCCGCAGUACCGCCUGACGCUCACCGACAUUGUCAGUGAGCCAUCAUCCCCGAGGGAGGGCGACAUCACUUCACGGGAAUUGAUAGAAACGCUUUUCUCUCAGCCCAACUUCUAUCACCCCGUCUUCAUCUUCCACGGCAUCAUGUCCGCCGGCUCCGAAGCCAACUACCCGCUGUCGCUGGCCGUUAACGUGGACUCCAUCCGGCUACUCACCACAGCGCUGCAAGAAACCCACCCUGGCGUCCGCGUCAUCUACGCCAGCUCGCAGGCCGUCUACGGCCCGCCCUUCCCCAGCAACGGCGGCAAGGUACCCCCUACGUGGCCGGCCACGCCGCAGCGUACGUACGGGGCGCACAAGCUCAUGACCGAGGUGUACCUGAACGAAAUGCACCGGCGGGGAUUGCUGGACCUGUUCAUUGCGCGGUUCCCGACAAUCUCGGUGCGCCCGGGCAAGCCCACACAGGCGGCGAGCAGCUUCCUGAGCGGCAUCAUCCGCGAGCCCAUGAACGGCCUUGAGUGUGUGGUGCCGAUCAGGGACAGGGGGCUUAGAUCCUUCAUGACGGCGCCCAGCACCGUCGCUGAGAACCUGGUCAGGGUGCUCCACAUGGAGAGCGGCGUGUUGCCAGCGCAUAUCAGGCAUAUUAUGUUCCCCGGGAUUUCGGUGAGCAUUCAGGAGAUGCUGGACGCGUUGGCCAAGUAUGGUGGGCAGGACAAGUUGAAGUUGGUGAGGGAGGUGCCGGAUGAGGCGCAGGAGAGGAUUUUGAGGAGUUGGCCGCAGGAUUUUGAACUGGAGACGUCGCUGCGGCUGGGGCUGGUGGUGGACAAAAGCGCGGAUGAGCUGGUGAGGGAGUAUGUGGAACGGUAUGUGGGGGUGAAGGCUUAG